AUGGAAGAACUUACGGCGUUUGUGUCCAAAUCUUUUGACCAGAAAAGCAAAGAGAGCAGCGGUGGUGGAGGCGGUGGAGGCGGUGGAGGCGGUGGAGGCGGUGGCGGCCACAAGAAGGAGUCCAUUACGUACCGGGAAGUUUUGGAGAGCGGGCUGGCGCGGACUCGGGAGCUGGGCGGCUCCGAUGCCACUGGCCUGCAGGAGCUGGCCGAGGGCGGCCCCCACUGCCCGGUCCACCUUUUCAAAGAGCCUGGGGAGAGCGACAAGGACAAGCUCAAGGACUUCAACCACGCCAACAGGACCUCGGAAGGGAUCUAUGAAUGCAAAGACAAGAGGGAGGAGGUGAAAUCCGAGGACGAGGACGGUCAAACUAAAUUGAAACAGCGGAGAAGCAGAACGAAUUUCACCCUGGAACAGCUGAACGAGCUGGAGAGGCUAUUCGACGAGACGCACUAUCCGGAUGCCUUCAUGAGGGAGGAGCUGAGCCAAAGGCUUGGGCUGUCUGAAGCUAGGGUGCAGGUUUGGUUCCAGAACAGAAGAGCCAAAUGCCGAAAACAGGAGAACCAGAUGCAUAAAGGUGUGAUCUUGGGGACAGCCAGCCAUUUAGAUGCCUGCCGAGUGGCCCCCUAUGUGAACAUGGGAGCCCUAAGGAUGCCUUUCCAGCAGGUAGUCCAAGCUCAGUUGCAGUUGGAGGGGGUCACCCAUGCUCACCCUCACCUCCAUCCUCACCUAGCUGCUCAUGCCCCUUAUUUGAUGUUUCCUCCCCCUCCCUUUGGACUCCCAAUCGCCUCCUUGGCUGAUUCUGCCUCUGCAGCUGCAGUUGUGGCUGCUGCCGCCAAGAGCAACAGCAAGAAUUCCAGUAUCGCUGACUUGAGGCUCAAGGCCCGGAAACAUGCUGAGGCCCUGGGGCUUUGACAUUUCCUUUCUGGAAGCAGUUUCAUUGCUAGGAUGGACAAUAAUUUCAUU